AAUACGUCCGUGAGAGUCCUCGAGGAAAUUAACCUCAAAGUUAAAAUGUACGAGGAGAAAUCAGCGUUGUCCACGUACCAUUGUUUAUCUUCUGAAAUUUGACGUGAGGAUUUUUUGACCGAAGAAUUUUAUUUCGCGAGGGCAUCGGGUACGUGAGGACACUAAUCAUGAAGGUUUUAGUGAAGAUACUGCAGGGGAAAGAGUGUGUGGUGGAGAUAUCACCUACAGAGACUGUGCUAGAGCUGAAGAAUAAAGUCAGUGAACUGCUGGGUGUCGAUGUGCCUCAGCAGAAGCUGUUGUUGACUGGAAAAGCCCUUGCUGAUGAAAAUCCCCUGAGUUUCUACCCCGGUAUAAAGGACGGAAGUAAAUUAAACCUGGUAGUGAAGAAAUCGUCCCAAGGGCCGAGUGAAGAGAAGCAAGCAACCAAGAGUGGCACUGUCCUCCUCCGGGAAUCAGUGACAAAAAUUCUCAAACACUACUACAGUGAAUCUGAGACUGAGACUAUAGUCAAUGAGAUGAUAAAGGAUUUAAGGAAUAAAGUUAAUAAUCUGAGUUUCGACGAUCUUGAGAGAUUAGCAACGACUCUCAUUCAGGAUCAGGAGUCGAUUGGCUGAUCCAGGAGACGUUUAACGGUUAUUAUGAGCACCUGAGGAUAAAAUAUAACUGAUGUAAUAAUUAUUAGGUGAUUAAGAAUACGGUGUAUAAUUUUCCUAUUUUAAUAUUAAUCCUUCGUCACUUCAUUCAGAAGAAUUCACAUUCUUCGGGUCAUUCAGAGGUUGUUCUUGUGAUUUAAUCAAUUGUAAAUGAUAACGAAUAAUAAAUACUUUUUUUAGAUUAUGAAA